AAGUAAUAUUAGUGGGUAACUUAUUUCAGUUUACACCGGUAUUCCACCGCUCCAUCAAAAGGCGCACAAAUCUGCUCGAAAUUCAUCAUGGACGAUCAGUUACCAGCCGGUUGGGAAAAACGCAUCAGUCGCAAAUCUGGCAAGGAGUACUACAUAAACCUUUGUACUAAAAAAAGUCAAUGGUACCGUCCCACAAAGCCAGCUGAAGAAACUGAAGAGGUAGUACAAUGUUCACACCUGUUAGUCAAACACAAAGAUUGUCGUCGACCAUCUUCAUGGAGACAAGAGAAGAUAGAAAGAACCAAAGAAGAGGCAAUAACUAUACUUAAAGGUUAUUUGGAACAAAUUGAAUCAGGUGAGGCUGGUUUUUCUGAGUUGGCAUCUCAGUACAGUGACUGCAGUUCUGCCAGGAACAAAGGUGACUUGGGUUUGUUUGGUCGAGGACAGAUGCAGAAACCAUUUGAGGAUGCUGCUUUUAGUUUGGAAGUAGGAGAAUUGAGUGACAUUGUUUCAACUGAUUCAGGUUACCACAUCAUUUUGAGAACAGCAUAAAGUAUUUUUAUGGACAUUAAAAGAUAACAAUCUUUAAUUUUAGAAACUAUUAAUGAUGUGAAAGGCGUGAUCAUGUUUAAUUCAGAACAAGAAGCCUAACUCCUCUUAAAUUUGUUCCUUUUCUGAUACCAGUUUCAAUGGUAAUGGCCCCUUCUGCUACUUUCCAAUCUCAUCUCUCCUUUUCUCCUCUUCCUUCCCACCCAUUCUUUAAGGUAUAGAUGGAUUUUUUUUUUUGUCUUGAAACUCUACCAGUCAUUCCAUUUUAUCAGAAGAGAAAUAUAAAUGCAUUUAAAAGAAGAAACAUUCUGCUUUUGCCGAAUAAAAGUUUAAAAUGCUUUUUAUCCUUUGCAUUUGCUCAAAGGAUAACCCUGUUUACAGGUAGAAUUUUGUUUCUUAUGACUGUUAAAAUAAAUUCUAAUCAAAAUUA